GUAUGUUUUCCAUUUAUAAUUAUUUACGAGUAAUCAAUGUUAUCAUGAAAUCCAUUUUAUGCCACUUUAAAGUUUAGUAUAUCGCACGGUUGUGAGUUGUUUACAGUGUUCCGUCAUCAACUAUCAACAAAAAUGGAGGAUAUAGACGGAAAUAAUGUUUUAGCUCAAGCUCUGAAGAAACAGGGUAUCGAAUAUGUAUUCGGAAUAAUAGGAUACCCAGUCAUAGAACUCAGUAUGGCUCUACAAAUGGCCGACAUACAUUACAUAGGCAUGAGAAACGAACAAGCGGCUUGCUACGCAGCUCAAGCGAUUGGUUACUUGACAGGGAAUCCUGGAGCAGUUUUGGUAGUGUCCGGACCUGGAUUGCUUCACACAUUCGGCGGUCUGGCUAACGCCCAAAUCAACUGCUGGCCGGUCCUGGUUAUCGGAGGAUCAGCUGCACAGGAUCACGAGGGUAUUGGAGGAUUUCAGGAGUGUAAUCAGGUCGAACUUGCCAGACCUUACUGUAAAUAUUCAGCACGACCUCCCAGCAUUUCGUUGAUACCCCUCCACGUUGAAAAAGCAGUUCGUUUGACUAAAAAUGGCAGGCCAGGAGCUGCAUAUUUGGAUUUUCCAGCCAACAUUUUAUCAGGUCGCGUACCUGUGGAUUCAAUUCCUGAUCAAUAUGGACCAACAGCUGCGCCAAUCAUCUAUCCCAACCCAGGAGCUAUACAAGAAGCUGUUGCUGUUUUAUUGAAAGCUAAAAGGCCUCUAGUCAUAGUUGGGAAAGGCGCAGCCUAUGCAAGAGCAGAAAAAGAAGUGAGGGAACUGAUAGAUUCCACAAAUUUGCCAUUUUUAGCUACGCCAAUGGGAAAAGGGGUAAUUCCAGAUACGUCACCAAAAUGUGUAGCAUCUGCCAGAUCCUUAGCGUUACAGAGGGCAGACGUGAUAAUUCUCCUGGGAGCUCGUCUCAAUUGGAUCCUGCAUUUUGGACGACCUCAGAGAUUCUCCCCAGAUGUUAAAGUAAUACAGAUCGACAUCUGUGCGGAAGAGCUUCACAAUAGCGUCAAGUCCGAAGUUGCUAUUCAAAGUGACAUGAAACCUGCAGUUGCUCAGAUUCUAGAAGGUCUCCAAAGGAAUAAGUUCGUAUUUAGUAGCCAGAACGAGUGGUGGAGGGAACUGGAAAAGAAAUGUCAGGAUAAUAAGAAAAUUGUGCAAGCUAUGUCAGCAGAUGUAUCAACUCCACUGAACUACUAUGCAGUCUUCCACAAUUUAUACGAAGCCUUGCCUGACAACUGCAUAAUCGUUAGCGAAGGUGCGAACACUAUGGAUAUAGGAAGAUCUAUGCUGUUCAAUAAUCUACCACGGCAUAGGCUCGAUGCUGGAACAUUUGGAACCAUGGGUGUUGGACCAGGGUUUGCAAUAGCAGCCGCUCUAUAUUGCAGGCAUUACGAACCCAAUAAGAGAGUGAUUUGCGUAGAAGGUGAUUCUGCUUUCGGAUUUUCUGGUAUGGAAGUAGAAACGAUGGUACGUUAUAAGUUACCCAUCACCGUGGUUGUGGUUAAUAAUUCUGGUAUAUACACCGGUAUGGAGCCGGAGAUUUUCAAAGAUAUUCAGGAAAGUGGAGAAAUUACCAAAGUUACACCACCAGGUUGUCUAUCAAGUGUAACCCGUUACGACAAUAUGAUGAGUCUUUUCGGCAGGGUAGGUUUCUUUGUACAAACCGUUCCUGAAUUGAAGAAGGCUGUCAAUGAAGCUUUAAAAAUCAAAGAUGGGCCAACUAUUGUAAACGUCAUAAUCAACCCCACUGCUGAUAGGAAGCCCCAGACGUUCAACUGGUUGACGGAAUCGAAAUUGUAGAAUUGUUCGGUGUAUUGUUGUAUAUUACUUAUUUUUUUUAUUGAAUUAUUUUCGUUGGUGUAUUGUCGAUUGUGAGUUUAAUUAAAAUUGUUGGGCUCUUAAAAUUCGAUGUUUCCUAAGAAAGUGUAUCUUAUUUUUAUUAUAUUAGAUAAGGUAUAGUACAUAGAUAUCUGAUAUUGACAAUUAAUAAAAUUUAAUUGAACUGAAUUAAAAAUGUGUUUUGAGGGA